AUGCGUUACAUCUACUCCGAGGAGACCCUGGACAUCCCAGAGGGCGUCAAGGUCCACAUUAAGACCCGCCAAGUCACCGUCGAGGGUCCUCGCGGCAAGCUCUCCAAGGACUUGGGCCAUCUGGCAGUCGCCUUCUCGCACCCCAAGAAGGAUGUCAUCAAGAUCGAGCUCCACCACGGCUCGCGCAAGAACGUCGCAACCCUCCGCACCGUCCGCACUCUCAUCAACAACCUGAUCAUCGGCGUCACCAAGGGUUUCCUCUACAAGAUGCGCUACGUCUACGCCCAUUUCCCCAUCAACGUCAACCUCGAGAAGAACAGCGAGACCGGCCUGUGGCAGGUGGAGAUCCGAAACUUCUUGGGCGAGAAGAUUGUGCGUCACGUCACCAUGCAGCCAGGUGUCGACGUCGAGGCGUCCAAGAACGUCAAGGACGAGCUCCAGCUCAGCGGCAACUCGCUCGAGGCCGUGUCCCAGUCCGCCGCCGACAUUCAGCAGAUCUGCAGAGUGAGGAACAAGGAUAUCCGAAAGUUCUUGGACGGUCUCUACGUCAGCGAGCGCACCAACAUUGUCACCGAGUAA